ACGGCGGAAGCUGCUGUGAAAAAUCUUGGAGCUAAUCAGCCAGGAAUCGGUGUUAAAAUGAACAAAACAGGAGGAUAUUAGGAUCCGUGGUUAAGAUUUGAGACUUUGAGACUGGUUUGUUCUAACAAAAACGAUACAAAGUUAGCAUUCGUUGGACAACGAGAUCACACAACCAAGUUUUUGAAGCAUUGUCUGACCAUCAUCACUGAUGGAGCAGGAAAGCCAGAGAAAGAAUCAAAGUAGAACGAGAAAAAACGCUGAAUUUUGGAGAUAUGGAGAAGUUUCUGACAAAUUGAUGGACAAACAAAAUGAAAUACAACAAGAGAAGAAUUCUCAAGUCUUUGAAACAGACGUUGAAAACUCAGUUGAAAUUCUUCACAAAUUACCAGAAACAAACCCGCAGCAACGAUUAAAGAGAUACUGUCAAACUCUCUCAGAAACAAAUGUGAGUCACAGACCUAUCGCAAACACAGCUAAACUGAAACGCGUUUCGUCAGCGACGGAUUUAAGAACACGUUUGGCAGGCUGUCCAAAAGGAUUACUUAUUACGACUGAACCGCCAAAGUCAGGGGAGUCCUACAGACAGAGAUCCAUUACCGAAGUCAAAACAGUUUUAAAGAAGGUCGAUCAUCAUCAUUUAAAACAAGAAGUUGGCAACAUUGUAUACCACGAGAAUAAAAAUUUGGAAGAGGAAGACGAAACGCUACUCCUAGAACUGGAAGCCGUGAAACGAGAACGUGAAAAACUCCAACAAGAGAACGAAAGAUUGCAAGACGAAUUAGAAAACAGAAAUAAAGUUAUCGAUCAUUUAAUCGAUUUUAUGAAAUCAAAUCUACCAGGAGAAGGUUCACAAAUUGAAAAAGAUUUUGACGAGAGCUCAACAAAUAAGAACACAAACAGAACGGCAUCUUCUGAGAAAGUUUAAAUCCAAAGGUGGCUGGUGCAUGUUUAAGUCAACGUGAUAGAGAAUUAAUUCGAGGAUCGCUUCAAGGAGAAGAGUAGUGAUUAAUUAUUCCCUUGAAACCAAGGAUUUACUAUGAGUUUACUGCAGAUUUAUCUUGAAUUCGACUCGGAUUUAGGUUGGAUUUAUCUUAGAUUUACAAGGUAAAAAAUCUUUGCAAAACGUUCGCAAAAUUUCGUCAAAAUAAAGUUCAUUUUACAUUUGUAAUUUUACUCAAUUUUUCCAGAACUGUUCAAUGU